UUGUGAUUGCUCAAUUUGUACUACCAUUAUUGCUUUCACGUCUCAAUCUAAGUAGAUGGGUACAGGCAAUUAUUAUGGUGGAUUGCAGACAAAACAAUGAUGGGCAGGAAUAAUAUCCUUAAAGUACACCUCUCAAAGUGCGGUACUACUGUGUCAAAUCCAAAAGCCAAUUUUCUGGGUCCCUUUAAAAAGAGAUUCAUGCGUUUACAGUUUCCGAUUGCAAAAAGUCCCAAAUUUUGAGCUGUAAAAUUCCAUUCCUUUUUGAGGUUACUGUUGAAAACUUGCUUUAGCAAAAUUGAGCAUAUAUACUACUAAGGUCUGUAUAUCUUACUUUAUCAAAUUCAGACGAAUGCCAACCUUAAUCAUCAUUAUCAGAUUGCCUUUAUAGAACACCAUUUUUUCUAUUCUGGAAGAUUCUCUGCAUUGAGACAACAAUCCGGGGUAUUGGUUUCCAGUACAGAAAAACUGUUUUAGAUGUUUCUUAUUUGAUGGAUAUUUUAUUCGUGCUGAUUCUUUUCUUAGAUUACCUGUUACUUGUGAUUGUAUGUCAACAGUUAAAGAGUACUUUAUGAUUAUCACAUUUGGGCGUGAUCUCUGUUCAAAAUUGUGAUGUGGGGUGCUGUUGAACAGUGAAACAAUGUUCCUAAUUUUGGGUUUAAUCUGUAUUUAGGCUUAUUUGUACUUCAAGUUUUGGAAUAGGUGUUCCAAAAUUCCGAAACCAAACCCUUGUUUUGGGGGUUUAUCUGCAUUUGGUUAUAUUUCUAUGUUAGAUUGAUUCCAUGUUGUUAAAGACUGCUAUCAGCUGUUUGAGGGCAGGUACAAAAUAGACACCUAAGUGGUAUAGGUCGUUCAAUCUAACGAUGGAGAGCCCAAUGGGUGUAUUUGGAACACGGAGGAUUUUGUUAGGGGAAAUUGAAGUAUUGCAGUUGUUCACAUUUGAAGAGGUAUGGAGCUGGAAUGGAGGAAAGGAUAAUCCUGGUGCUACAUUUUACAAGCCUUUUGGAAUCCCAUCUGGUUAUUUUAGCCUUGGACACUAUUGCCAAUCCAACAGAGAGAAUCAUUGUAGAGGAUGGAUGCUUGUAGUGAAAGAGAGAGAAGUAUCUAAUGGUUUUCUUGCAAUGCCAAAUGAAGCUCUUGGAAUGUGCAGUGAAUCAGAAAGAAGAGAUGUGAAUCAUAAUUCAGCUAAAAAGAUUGAAAGAAAUCCUUCCAUUGCAAAACCGCUGAAUUACACAUUAGUCUGGAGUAGUAAGCACUGGAAAGGAAACAAGGGCACAGUUGCUUACUUCUGGCUGCCCCAAGCUCCAGAGAAAUACAGGGCAUGUGGUUUUGUAGUCACAAAUACACCACAUGAACCCUCCCUAGAAGAAGCUAUGUGUGUAAGAUCUGAUCUCACAGAUACAUGUGAAAUAGAAAGUUUGAUUUGGACUACAGGAAACACAAACCCUCUGAGCUAUCCUUUCAGUGCUUGGAAUCUCAGACCGAAAUUGCGAGGAGCAAAGGCUCCAGGAGUAUGUGUAGGAACAUUUUACUGUAAUAAUGACCUUAAAUCUACUAACCCUCUCCCUGUUGCAUGUUUGAAGAAUGUUAAUUUUGACCUUUCAGCCAUGCCCAAACUUAGUCAAAUGCAUGCAAUAGUUAAGAAGUAUGGACCUAUUGUUUUCUAUCAUCCAGAGGAAACUUAUUUCCCCUCAUCCGUUUCCUGGGUGUUUGAGAAUGGAGAAUUGCUUUAUAAACGAGGCGUGGAAGCACCUCAACCAAUUAUGAUUGACGGAUCAAAUCUACCCCUUGGUGGCUCCAAUGACAACGAGUACUGGCUAGACUUGCCUAAAGAGGAUGAGGCUGCAAAAAGGCUGAAACAAGGUGAUUUGCAGGGUGCAAUGGCAUAUUUACAUUUUAAACCAGCAUUAGGUGGAACAUUUACUGAUAUUGUAGCAUGGUUGUUUUAUCCUCUCAAUGGUUCCAUUACUGUCAAGGUUGGUGCACUGAAUUUACCUCUCAAGUAUGGAGAGCAUGUUGGUGAUUGGGAGCACUUCACCCUUAGGAUUAGCAAUUUUACUGGUGAACUGUGGAAAAUUUAUUUCUCACAGCACAGUGGUGGCCAAUGGAUUAAUGCUGCAGAUUUGGAACGCAUUGAAGGGAAUAGAAUAGUAGUAUAUGCAUCAAAGGGUGGGCAUGCAACAUUUCCUCAUGCAGGGAAUUUUCUUGAAGGUGACAGGAAACUUGGAGUUGGUAUUAGGAAUGAUGCUGCUAGAAGCAAAUAUUUUCUAGAUAUUAGCAGAAAAUACCAAAUUGUUGCAGCAGAGUACCUGGAAGCCAUUGGAUCCAAUGAGAUUAUAACAGAGCCUCCAUGGUUGCAGUAUAUGAGGGAAUGGGGUCCAAAGAUUGUGUACAAUUCUCGAACAGAGCUAAAUAGGGUCAUCAGAUUGCUUCCUUCUAAAUUGAGGUCAACUAUUGAGAAUCUCUUGAACAAUAUGCCCAAGGAGCUUUCUGGUGGACAAGGACCCACUGGGCCUAAAGCCAAAGACAACUGGGAUGGAGAUGAAAGAGGAUGAUCUGCCACAUUCAAUGAAAUGUAAGCUCUGCUUGUUGGUUACAGUGAUUAGGAUCAUCUGUACUUAGCUGUGGAUUCAGUUUAUACACUGCAAGUUAUUAUGAUAAUAAGUGUUCAGUGUCACAUGGCUGCUCUGCUUGAAUGUACCUUAAUUCUGGAAUCUGACCCUGCUUAUUUGUUCUUCA